AUGCAGGCUGCCAGGAAUGGACAAGCUGGGGACUGGAGCUCCAGGGCCCGUAGGCGGAGAAGGGGCCAAGGCAGCGCUUGCUGGGUCUUCCUGCCUGCCCGAUACAGGGGUCGGACCGCGCCUUUGCGAGGUCUGCGCGCGGCGGAGGCUGUAAACCUGUCCGCGGGCCGGUGGCGGGGCGGUUGGGGAAAGCGUUGGAGGAGGCGCGGUGCUCGGUUGAUUAGCGCCCCUCUGCGUCGAGGCGGAGGCAGUUGCCGAAGCCCCAGCGGAUCCAGCAUUCGGACAUUCACUCCAUUUUAUUUUUUGGCGGAACCAGUGGAUACACUCUCCGUUAGAGGCUCUUCUGUUAUAUUAAACUGUUCAGCAUAUUCUGAGCCUUCUCCAAAAAUUGAAUGGAAAAAAGAUGGAACUCUUUUAAACUUAGUGUCAGAUGAUCGACGCCAGCUUCUCACAGAUGGGUCUUUGUUUAUCAGCAGUGUGGUGCAUUCCAAACACAACAAACCUGAUGAAGGUUAUUACCAGUGUGUAGCCACUGUUGAGAGUCUUGGAACUAUUGUCAGCAGAACAGCCAAGCUCACAGUAGCAGGUCUUCCAAGAUUUGCCAGCCAACCAGAGCCUUCUUCAGUUUAUGUUGGGAACAGUGCAGUUCUGAAUUGUGAAGUUAAUGCAGAUUUGGUCCCGUUUAUGAGGUGGGAACAGAACAAACAGCCUCUUCUUCUGGAUGAUAGAGUUAUCAAACUUCCAAGUGGAAUGCUAGUUAUCAGCAACGCAACUGAAGGAGAUGGGGGACUCUAUCGCUGCAUGGUUGAAAGUGGUGGGCCACCAAAGUAUAGUGAGGAAGCUGAAUUAAAAGUUCUUCCAGAUCCUGGUGCAACAUCAAACUUGGUAUUUUUGAAACAACCUUCUUCCUUAAUCAGAGUCAUUGGUCAGAGUGCAGUGUUGCCAUGUGUUGCUUCAGGACUUCCUACUCCAACCAUUAGAUGGAUGAAAAAUGAGGAGACAGUUGACACAGAAAGCUCUGGAAGGUUGGUAUUGCUGGCAGGUGGUAGUCUGGAGAUCAGUGAUGUCACCGAGGAUGAUGCUGGGACUUAUUUGUGUAUAGCUGAUAAUGGAAAUGAGACCAUUGAAGCUCAAGCAGAGCUUACAGUACAAGCCCAACCUGAAUUCCUGAAGCAGCCUACCAAUAUAUAUGCUCAUGAAUCUAUGGAUAUUGUGUUUGAAUGUGAAGUCACUGGAAAGCCAACUCCCACCGUGAAGUGGGUCAAGAAUGGGGAUAUGGUCAUCCCAAGUGAUUACUUUAAGAUUGUAAAGGAACAUAAUCUUCAAGUUUUGGGUCUGGUGAAAUCAGAUGAAGGGUUCUAUCAAUGCAUUGCUGAAAAUGAUGUUGGAAAUGCACAAGCUGGAGCCCAGCUGAUAAUCCUUGAACAUGGUAAGAGGGACUGAAAUAGUAAGAUGAGAGAGAUUGACUGUGUGUGAGGAGCUCAUACCUAUCACAGGACCUAUCACUCCAGGAUACCUAGUGACUAAUAAACUGUUUAUAAAGGUAAUAUAGGGCAUAACUACGAGAGAAAAAAAUAGCCAUCUAAAUUAUCUGUGUUGUUUUAAGCGACUGAGAAAAUUUUGGAUAAUGUUGAAAAGAAAUUGGUAUUAAGAAAAGAAAAACUGAACAUUUAUAGUCUUACACAAAUAAAUGGAUACUCUUCA